GACUGAAAGUUUACGCUCAGACUCCAGUAAAACUGCAGAUCCGGAGCCAAUGAGACGACAUGGUGACCACGAAGAUGCUGCUGUCCCGUCAGACAGCAACUGUAAAUCAAAGCUGACCAGGACCCACACGGGGAAGAAGGCGUUUUCUUCCAGCACUUGCAGGAAAGAGUUCAGUAAAAGAAGUAUUUCAAUGGAUCACAUGAAGAUCCACACUGACAAAAGGCCGUACCUGUGCAACACCUGCGGAAAAACCUUUACUAAAUCAUCAAAUCUUAAACGCCACAUAACCACGCACACGGGCGAGAAGCCCUACAUCUGCAAAACAUGUGGAAAAAGUUACAGGCUACGUUCCCAACUGGUGGUUCACUCGAGGAUCCACACCGGCGAAAGGCCGUACCUGUGCAACACCUGCGGAAAAACCUUUACUGAAUCAUCAACUCUUAAACGGCACAUAACCACGCACACGGGCGAGAAGCCCUACAUCUGCAAAACAUGUGGAAAAAGUUACACAGGCCGUUCCAACCUGGUGGCUCACUCGAGAAUCCACACCGGCGAGAAGCCCUACAUCUGCAAAACAUGUGGAAAAAGUUACAAAGAUUGUUCCAACCUGGUGAUUCACUUGAGGAUCCACACCGGCGAAAAGCCGUACCUGUGCAACACCUGCGGAAAAACCUUUACUGAAUCAUCAGUUCUUAAACGGCACAUAACCACGCACACGGGCGAGAAGCGAUUUUUGUGCAAGGCGUGCAACAAAGGU